UUCCCUCUCUUUCCCUCUCCUUCACUCCCACAUCAUCUCCUUCAUUCUCUCUUUGAGGCAUUGCUUCCUUUUACCAAGUCUUCUUCCUUUGAUACAUUAACUCGACAGAAAACACAUACAUCCGACAUUAUGUGCAGCUCUAAGGCCAAGGUGACCAUGGGGAUUGAAAUCACACCCCUUGUUUCUAGAAUCAAUGGCAGACCAGUGCUUCAGCCUACCUGCAAUCGAGUUCCUAGUCUAGACCGGCGCAAUUCCCUUAAGAAACUGUCAACAGCACCACCACCUCUACCAUUAUCAACUUCUUCUUCUACCAGCACUAGUCCUAGAAUUAGUACCAAGGCUUCAUUGACAACACCACCAAUUUCUCCAAAGUCAAAAUCUCCGAGACCACCGGCGAUAAAGAGAUCAGGCAAUGACCCUAAUGGCUUGAACUCCAGUUCUGAGAAAGUUGUGACACCAGGAGGUACCACAAGAGCUAAGGUUUUGGAGAGGAAGAAGUCAAAGAGUUUUAAGCUUGGUGUUGGUGCUGAUAAUGCUCAUGAUCAUGGUAGACUCUCUUCUGCUUCGAUUGAGGCUUCGUUGAGCUAUUCCUCUUCUCUGAUCACCGAGGCACCAGGAACCAUUGCAGCUGGGAGGAGGGAGCAGAUGGCUCUUCAACAUGCACAGAGAAAGAUGAAGAUUGCUCAUUAUGGAAGAUCAAAGUCUGCAAAUUUUGAAAGGGUUGCUCCAGUUGAUACUAUGGAAGCCAAAGCUGGUGAAGAAGAUCACAAAAGAUGCAGCUUCAUCACGGCUAAUUCAGAUCCCAUAUAUGUUGCUUACCAUGAUCAAGAAUGGGGAGUUCCUGUUCAUGAUGACAAGAUGUUAUUUGAACUACUUGUUCUAAGUGGAGCUCAAGUUGGAUCAGAUUGGACUUCCAUUUUAAAGAAACGCCAAGAUUUCAGGGAUGCAUUUUCUGGGUUUGAUGCUGAAGCUGUGGCCAGUCUCACUGACAAGCAAAUGAUUUCGAUUUGUUCAGAAUAUGGCAUUGAUAUAAGCAGAGUUAGAGGAGUAGUAGACAACUCUAACAGAAUUCUUGAGGUAAAGAAGGAAUUUGGGUCAUUUCACAAAUACAUAUGGGGGUUUGUGAAUCACAAGCCAAUUUCCCCUCAAUACAAGCAAGGCUACAAAAUCCCAGUGAAGACAUCAAAAUCAGAGAGCAUAAGCAAAGACAUGGUUAGGAGGGGGUUUAGGUUUGUUGGUCCAACAGUUGUUCAUUCCUUCAUGCAAGCCUCAGGCCUCACAAAUGACCAUUUGACCACCUGCCACAGGCACCUUCAGUGCACCUUACUAGCAGCCCAUCCUACCACAUUGGAACAAGCUCUACAGGAUUAUUGACCCCAGAAGAGAAAAAAUUCAUGGACAAAGUUAAUCGUCCAAAAAAAAAAAAAACUGUUCAAAGCAUGAUUUUAAUAUGGUAGAGAGUGCAUAGUUUGCUAACUAGUUUUGCUGUUUGUGUGUAUAAUAUUAGAUUAGAGGACAGGGUUGUGACUAAGUUAGUGAUGUGCUGUGAGAUUUUUAAUUGGUUUGAAAUAGAUAGUUGGGAUUGAUAAUUGGAAAGCAAGAAAUCAAAAGGUUUGGGGUGGAGUGGAGCUCAAAGGAGACAGACAUCAUGUGCAAAUGAAUUGAAUUUGGGAGGCAGGGCAUGUGUGGAUGUGUCAGUUUGCUUUGUAUUCCAUGUGACCCAUCAUCAAGCUUUGCAUUAUAUGAAGACCCUUUAACAGGCUGUGUAGGAUUGUGGAAGAGGUAUUGUAGGACCAAAACCAUCAUCAUUCUUCUUCCCUUGGCCACCCUUAGUUUCUCUCUUUAAUUGUUUUUUGUUAGUUUGCUUUGGGGGAAUAUUUAUACCCCAUUGUAUCUUGGAUUUGGAUGUGGGAUUAAUUGAGUGCUGUUUGGUUCA